AUGAAGCCCAGUCCGGCCGGAGGGGUGGCGGCGCGGGAGCUGGAGCCGCCGGCGCCGGCCCGGGGCGAGCAGCGCGCGGCGGAGCCCGAGGGGCGCUGGCGGGACAAGGGCGAGGCGGACACGGAGCGGCAGCGCACCCGCGAGCGGCAGGAGGCCACGCUGGCCGGGCUGGCGGAGCUGGAGUACCUGCGCCAGCGCCAGGAGCUGCUGGUCCGCGGCGCCCUGCGCGGCCCCGGGGGUGCGGGCGCCGCGCCCCGCGCCGGGGAGCUGCCGCCGGGGGAGGCGUCGCAGCGCAGCCGCCUGGAGGAGAAGUUCCUGGAGGAGAACAUUCUGCUGCUGCGGAAGCAAUUGAAUUGUUUGAGGAGGAGAGAUGCUGGUUUGUUGAAUCAGUUGCAAGAACUUGACAAGCAGAUAAGUGACCUGAGACUGGACGUGGAAAAGACAUCUGAAGAGCAGCUGGAGACAGACAGCCGGCCCAGCUCAGGGUUUUAUGAGCUGAGUGAUGGGGCUUCAGGAUCCCUUUCCAAUUCCUCUAACUCGGUCUUCAGUGAGUGCUUAUCCAGUUGUCAUUCCAGCACCUGCUUUUGCAGCCCCUUGGAGGCAACCUUGACGAUCUCAGAGAGUUGUCCCAAAUCUGCAGAUGUGAAUCCCAAGUACCAGUGCGAUCUGGUGUCUAAAAACGGGAAUGACGUCUAUCGCUACCCCAGCCCGCUCCAUGCCGUGGCCGUGCAGAGCCCCAUGUUUCUCCUCUGCCUGACAGGCAGCCCUCCGAGGGAAGAGGAGAGGCUGGGGAGCCACACCGGUGACAUUUGUGUGGGAUCUGAGCUGGACGCCAUCAAGACGGAGGCGUCCUUCCCGUCUCCGGGCAGCGUGUGGCCUGCUCCCCACCCCUCAUCCAGCAAGAAAAUGGACGGCUACAUUCUGAGCCUGGUGCAGAAGAAGACACACCCGGUGAGGACCAACAAGCCCAGAACCAGUGUGAACGCGGACCCCACCAAGGGACUUCUGAGGAACGGGAGCGUUUGUGUCCGGGUGACCGGCGCUGUCCCCCAGGGCAAUCCUGGGAACCUUAAGAAUUCCAAACAGGCGCCUCUGCCCUCGGUCGGAGUUCCCUCCUUGGACCAUGGGACGACGUUCUCCCCGCCGAAGCAGUGGUCCAAAGAACCGAAGGCAGACCAACUGGAAAGCAAGAGGCUGCCCUUGCCCGAGGGCUGCAGCCCGCCUGGUGCCGCCCCUGACCUUCAAAGCAAGCACCCACCCAAGCAUGCCAAGCUGGCCUCCCAGGAGCAUGGGCGCGGCCCCACCGCCGCCGGGACAGGGGAGGCCCCCAAGGAGAGCAGCCAGGUCCCAGCUGCCCCUCCAAAAGAGAGCCCUGGGCGAGGCCUCGCCCCGCUGCAGGAGAACAAAGUCAUCCAGCCCCUGAAAAAGCCAGCACAGAAAAGCAGCCUGCAGGCCGCCCCUCCACCUGCACCCCCUCCUGCCCCGCCCGCACCCCCAUCCUCAGCUUUCCCCUCCGCCGCCUCCGUGGAAGAGCGGCCUGCCCUGGAUUUCAAAAGCGAGGGCUCCUCUUCUCAGAGCCUGGAAGAGGGGCCUCUGGUGAAGGCGCACUUCAUCCCUGCGCCCCAGCCACAGCCACCGCCGGGCGUCCGGCUGCACCGGGGCCCCCGGACUGCAGCGCCCCCCAGAGGCUCCGCCCUGAAGCACCGGGCGCAGGCCCUGCACGGCCCCGACGGCGGCACCCUGCCCACCGUGCGCGAGAAAACCCGCGCUGCCGGCAAGAAGUGCCGGUUCCCCGACGACACGGAUACAAAUAAGAAACUCAGGAAGGUGUCCUCCGCCCGGGGGAGGAGGAGCGGGGGCGCCCACGGCGACGCGGGUGUGCCCAGCCGGCCGCUGGGGGCCGCGCACCGGGGCCCCGGGAGCAGGGCGCACGGCCACGGCCACGGGCACCACGGGCGCGAGGCGGUGGUGGCCAAGCCCCGGCACAAGCGGACGGACUCGCGGCGGUGGAGGGCGGCCGCCGAGGCCUCGUACGAGGAGGCGCUGCGGCGGGCGCGGCGGGCCCGGCGGGAGGGCGCGGGGCUGUGCGCGGGGCCCGUGGCGCUGCCCUUCGCCGCCGCCAGCAGCCCCUACGCCUAUGCGGCCAGCGACUCCGAGUACUCGGCCGAGUGCGAGUCGCUCUUCCACUCCACCGUGGUGGACACGAGCGAGGACGAGCAGAGCAACUACACCACCAACUGCUUCGGGGACAGCGAGUCCAGCGCCAGCGAGGAGGCCGAGUUCGCGGGCGAGAGCACCAGCUCCAGCGACUCGGAGGAGAGCGGCGGCCUCCUGUGGUCCCAGUUCGUGCAGACGCUCCCCAUCCCGGGGGUCGCGGCGGGCCCCCCGGACCUGCACCGCCGCGGCAACCCCGCCAAGACCUUCGUCAAAAUCAAGGCCUCCCACAACCUCAAGAAGAAGAUCCUCCGCUUCCGCUCCGGCUCUCUGAAGCUGAUGACCACCGUGUGA